AAUACGAGACUCGUUUCUGACGGAAUAUCUCUCCGAAGAUUAGAUUGUUUCUUCAAAAGAAUUACCUUUUAUAAUUGUUAUUUGUAAUUGUUUAAUAUUUUACGAAGACAUCUUUUUGUGAUCUGUCAGAAAAAUCUUUUAUAACGGAUAUAUAGAUUUAAAUAAUUUUAUACCGUGAGAACUUAUUAUGUAUAUAUAUGUAUAUAAAACACAAUAACUGUUGCAUUCAGUCAGUGAAUAUACAGUUAUGUGACUACUUCGUGGACGAUAAUAUAAGAUUUUUCUCUGACAGUUAACAGUGUAACGUAGCAUGAGCCAGUGAAUUAUCGACUGACAAGUAAAAUCUGAUAAUAAAUUGAUUUUCUUAAGGUCCAGUCGAUCUAAAGAUACGCUUUAGUUUACAUAUAAUCAGAGAAAAACUAUCAACAAUGUCAAAAAAGCCUGGAGCUACUCAAGCUAUGCAUAAAGUUAUUAUGGUUGGAAGUGGAGGUGUUGGAAAAUCUGCUCUAACUUUACAGUUUAUGUAUGACGAGUUUGUUGAAGAUUAUGAACCAACAAAGGCAGAUUCCUAUAGAAAAAAAGUUGUAUUAGAUGGAGAGGAAGUACAAAUAGAUAUCUUAGAUACCGCAGGACAAGAAGAUUAUGCGGCGAUUCGAGAUAAUUAUUUUCGCAGUGGAGAAGGAUUUCUUUGUGUAUUUUCUAUAACAGAAGACGACAGUUUUCAAGCAACACAGGAAUUUAGAGAACAGAUUCUCAGAGUAAAAAAUGACGAGAACAUUCCAUUUUUAUUAGUGGGAAAUAAAAGUGACCUACAAGAAAAAAGAAAAGUCAGUUUGGCAGAAGCGCAAGCCCGGUCACAACAAUGGGGUGUACCUUAUGUAGAAACAAGUGCAAAAACAAAGGAAAAUGUUGAUAAGGUGUUUUUCGACUUGAUGCGUGAAAUAAGGUCACGCAAGAUCGAAGACAAGUCAGCAAGUAAUGGCCGUGAAAAGGAUCGUGCCAAGCGGAAGAAAAAGAAGUGCAUUAUUCUAUAGGUAUUUUUUGAUUUAAUGCGGGCAAUAGCUGCUCGUAAAGCGCAAGAAAAUCAAGUGGAUGGAGAUGAACGUAAGAAAAAGACAAAGUGCUGCAUCUUGCUCUAACAAAGUAAAAAAAAAAGAGAGAGAGAACAAAAGAAAAAAAGAAAGAAAGAAAGAAAGAAAAGAAAAGAAAAGUAUGUAGCUUAUAUAAGAAGACAUCUAACGCCCAAUUUCUGAAACAUGCAUAAAAGAACAGUAUUUAUACACAUUUUGUGACACUUUACACAAUAAUAUGACAAUUUAUAAUUUUUAUUAUAACCUUUAUCACCUAUUAAAAUGUUAAGAAAUUACUGAAUGUGUAUCAAGCUUUAGCGAAACGUAGAUAGGCUUAUAAUUAUACUCUAAUACUGAAGAGUGUUACGACAACUUGACCUUAUUAAGAGACAUAGUUCCUAUCUUGAAAGGUUUGCAAUAUAAUUAAUAGAUUGUAGAAUUUGUUUGGCUAGAAGACUCUCAUAAGUAGUUUUCUAUGGAUUGAGAAAGAUAAAUGAGGAAGUAAUAGUAAUACUUGACAGUAUGUACACAUUUGCAAAUAAGCAUUUUUCAUAAUUGCAAGCAUAUCUUGAAACAUUAAUGCAUUAAUGCUUAGCAAAAUUUGACGUCUUCUUAUUCUAAGAGUAUUAUGAAUUAAAUUUCAUUUUUUUUUUUUUUUUUUUUUUAAUUAUUAUUGCCAUUAUAUAAAAAAUCUGGCAAAUGUGAGAUAUUUAAGGUCGAGAUUAUUAAAAUUGAGAUUUUGUUUUUAUAGCAUAUUUGUUUCCUAUAUGUAUUCAGUUACGAUACUAUUAUCAUUAUUUUAUCACAAUACAUUUUUCACUAUAAUACAAAAGAUUUAUCAUAUAAUUUUAUCACAUCUAUCCAUUAUGUCAUCAUACGAUAACAAAGAUAUCGCUCAUUUUGAGAUAAAGGUCCAACUUAACUUUGGUCGGUAGUGAAAACAAAGAAAAAAAGUGCAUACGUAUUAUGAGUGGUUCCUGUAUCAAAGGGAUUGCUAUGUAAUUUUACUCAUACAACGAAUGAUUACAAAAUUUUGGCAGAAUUAUUUACAGUACUCAUAAGUUAAAAAAAUUGUUUUCACUGGUAUUACGAUCAAGUGUUUUAUCUCAUAAGUGUUAAAAUUGAAGUUAACUAUGCUUAUUAUUUAUGACCAAUAAAAUUUUAAUUGAUAAUAUUUAUGGACUGAUCGUUUGAUGUGAUUGCUUAUUACAUGUAUAUAUAUAUAUAUAUAUAUAUAUAUAUAUAUGUAUGUAUGUAUUUAUGUAAAAGAACUGAAUUCAUCUAACAAUUACAUAAUAGUUUGUAUGCUUAUGAUAUAAUAAGUAAUGUGCUCUCUCUAAAUAUAUUGGUGAAUAUACAACGUACAUAUAUAUAUGUGUGUGUGUAUGGUAAACAGUAUAUAAGAAUAAUGCGCAUUACUUAAGAUAUAGAAGAAAUCAAAAGCCAGAUGAGCAUUCAAUUAAUAUGACUUACUUUAUUGCACCAAAUGACCUUUGCUAUACAAUAACUCAAGAAAGUACGUGAACGAGUUACGAAUUCGUGAGAAAAUGUUUUUUAAUAUUUAUAACUUUAUUAGAUUAAAUAUAUAUUCAAAUUAAAAUA